AUGUCCUUUUUCGGAUUCGAUCCAUCAGGACCUCCCUCGUCUGGAGAGAAGGACCAGAAACUGGACACGCUCGAUUUUGAGGAAACCUAUGAGGGCCUCGGAGAGCAAGAUGAGGACGCUUUCAACGACGAGACGUUUGGAGCCGACGUGAAGGAAAUCGGGUCCAAUUUCGAUUUCACAGGCGGUCUGAAGCCUGCCUCGAAACCCCAGACAGUCAAUCCAAAUUUGUCUUACGCAAAGGCCGCCCAGGUCGACCAGGUGAUCGCACCAAUGGCCUCUUUGUGGAACGAGGAAGCGAAAACAGCUGACUCUGCGUCCUCGCAGCCAGCUUCAGAACAAAGGGUGUUGUCUCUCGAAGAGAUCGAAGCUAAGCUCCGUCAACCUCAACAACAAGUGCCCCAGAUGCCUCAGAUGAACCCUUACAUGUAUCAGCAGCAACAGCAACUUUUGGUUGCGGCCAUGGCCUCCGGACAGUUCCCUAACCCUGCAGCCGCUGCCCAAGCAUUGGCCCAAGGCUACUUCCCUCCGUUCCAGCCAGGAGUUAUGCCUUUCAUGCCGUUCCAAGCACAGCAAAUGAUGCAGCAGGGCGCUUUGGGUCAAGGACAACAGCCCCAGCAAGUGCAACCACCUCCUGCGGGUCUUCAGGUACCUCAGGUGCCUCAAGUGCCUCAAUCGGCUCCCGCUCCAGUUCAGCAACAACAGCAACAACAGCAACAGCAACCAGCAUUACAAGCUCCUCAGGCUCUUCAGUCCCCCCCUGUUCUAAAUGCUGCUUCUCCACCUCCUCACUCUUCCCAGCCUGUGCCACAGGCCGUUGAGCAGAAGGUGCCUGCUUCGGCUUCUGCACCUUCCUCAUCUGCUACACCAGCUCCCCAGUCUGUCCAACAGGUUGGUUCGAGCGAUGCUACGGGAAACUUCCCUCCCCUGGGCUAUGAUGAAAAGCCACGGAAGCAAAGACCUCAGAGACAAAAUCCAGAGAAUCUGACACAAGAAGAGAGAGAGAAGCUUUGGAGAAGACAGAACAAAGUGUCAGCAAUUAUCAGAUGUUCUGGAUUUAUGAACCCAAGAGAUAAAGACUUUGUGACCAGGGUUCAGCUCUCUCAGAUUGUCACUGACGAUCCGUACAAUGAGGACUUCUAUUGUCAAGUCUACCGAGUGCUGAACUCCUCUGUCGGCGAAGACGAUAUGAGCUCCAUUGCACAGAAAUAUUUAGACCAGUCUGGACAUAGAUUGGGAGGCAGGGAGAAGAGGGCCGAUGUGGCCCUACAGAGAAUGCAACAGCAAGUUUCCAAAGCCGUCACUGUUGCUAAGGAGCGCGGAGAAAGAACCGGAGUGCUUGCAAAGGAAGGUGCUUUGGGUAAAGUGUCUGUUGGCUCCGGCAAACAGCCAAGAAAGCAGUUGGUGAUCAAUACCACGGGCAGCUCCGACGAGGUUGUUGUUCCAAAGGAGAACGUGUACUCUAAGUCUUCAAGAGCUUUCCAGCUCUCUGUGAUUGAAGACAUCUACUCCCAGGUUUUGAAGCUUGAAUCUCUGGAGCGUGAAAACCAAGAGCGGGAUUCCAAGGACCUUUGGAACGCUCUUCGUCUCAAUGACACAAUUGAGACUUCCAGUACUGUCGUUUCUCCAUUCAUUUCUGUACUGUCUAUCGACAAGGCGAUGAAAGUGUUUAACAGACUGUUCCAUUUCCUCAAUCCCGAGCAAAAAAUUAAGCUGAUGGAGGCGAUUUUUGCCAAUCUGCAUAACAUCGACGUGGUCAUGAAGGGCUCGUAUGCCAACUACGUGAACGAAAACUACGAGAUUCCGAAAACAGAAAAGAGUAAGAUUGAGCUUUUCCAGAUGACCGUCAUGAAAACGCUAGUUUUAUUUGUUAGCGAAUCGGACUUUCAGCAGGUUCUACGGUUUGUGGCUUUAAUCGUUAAAGGCGGAAAUAACAAUGUGCUAUUUUUGUCCACGACAAAAAUUGGACUCUCGCUGAUUACCAUACUUGUUUCGCGACUGGAGCUGAUCAAGCAGGAAUUUUCUGCCGGACUCAGUCCGCAAGACCUUGCUCAAUGGCAGACUAUCUACGACCACCUAUUCCAAGCAUUAGAAGGCAGACUGGCUACUAUCUUCCCGCCGUACCUUUCGAACGAUGACGCGCGCAAAGUGCGUAAUUCCGAGUCGAAGAGCGACGAUUCUUACAUUUGGCAGUUCUUGGCGUCGCUCUCUCUUGCGGGUCUACUAAGUCAUCAAAGAAUAAUUGUCGAUGAAAUUAGGAACGAAAUCUUUGGCAGCAUGGGUGUGAGCAAGGCUCUCAAGGAGUCUGGCGAUUUGCAGGGUGCCGAGAAACAUCUUUCGAAUCUCAAUCUGUUCCUGAAUGUGAUGGGACUGAAAGCCUCGGAAUCAGAUAUCACCGAACUAUAA